UCUUUAAAAGCCCUGGCAGUCACGUGACAGUUCAACAUGGCGUUUCGCUGGAGAAGUUUGAUGCGCUUUCGAUCGACAACAAGACUGCUGCUUUUAUUCACUUUCUGUCUGACUGUCAUCCACAGUUUGAGCAAUGAUGUGGACAGCUGUGAUAAACUCCAUCUGGGACAGUAUUUGUGUAAAGAACCCAGAAUAGAUGAUGCAACUCAAGAACCUGAAACCUGCAAGGACCGAGUGGCUUGGGUGGAAUGCCUACCUGCCCCAAACAUCAGCUGUCGGCUGUCAAAUGGAACACAGUUCAAGUUCAGCGGUGAGGAGGUCGGCUUUAACAAAACCAUCCCAUGUCGAAAUGUGAGUGGUUACUCCUAUAAAGUAGCUGUUGCUCUGUCACUCUUCCUGGGAUGGAUUGGUGCAGAUCGGUUCUACUUGGGAUAUCCUGCCUUGGGUAAGAUGCUAUUCUUUAGUCCCUUAGCCCUUCCCCUUACCCCCACCCCUCAUUUUGCAUGUUCAUGUGAAGGG